GGGGUCCGGCAGGUCCCGGCAAAACUACCCGGCACUGAAAUGCCGGGUAUUUGCCGGGACUUUCAGACAUUUCUGUCUGAAAGGGGUACUAUUGAGGACAAGGGAUAACUGAGGAAGGAGGGUGCAGCCUGUUGGUAGGGGGGGAUAGGUUACUGAGGAAGAAGGGUGCAGCCUAUUGGAGAGAUAUACUGCCAACCUUAGAAGGGGAAGUGGUUAAAAUACCUUAAAAGAUAUACCCCAUGGAAUUAUAUUACUCAGGGUGCUACUGUUCAAUAAACAAUGUUCACUUAUUGUGAGGAGUGAGCAUAAAAAAAGGCUGUGUCUUUAGAAGCUACCAGGGGACCUUGCAAAUCGUCUCCCAGGUAUUUGAGUACAUUGUAGGAAACAGCUGUCUAAAGGCAUUAUGCUUAGAAUCCAGUAUUUGAAUGGUGAGCCGAUGCACUAAUUAUUGGGCCUGGUCAGAUAUUCUGCAACGUAUUGGAAAGGAUAACUCCAGGCAUGGGAUAGCACCCACCCCAUCCACACACUGGUUUCUGUAGCUGAACGCUGCACGCUGCUUGCGUCUAUAGCAGACCAUUGACGUUACAUCUUAAAAUGAAGUUGUCACGUCUAGAUGAUCUUCCCGAAUCACUCAGUAUGGACAAGGCCGGGAAUCUCAUGAUUGAGAAGAUAAUGCAUCUCACCCUGGAUAUUCUUUAUCUGCUAACUGGAGAGGAUUACAUUGUGUUGAAGAUGUCUGGUGGCCGAAUUACGCAUAGCAGCAGUCCUAUGGUAUGUGGAGGAUUUGGUAGGACCCAGAGCCCUGUCGUGGAGCUUCCACCUCAUUCAUUGACACAAGAGAGGAAAAAUGACAAGAAGAUCCUGGAACUCACCAACAAGAUCAUUCAGCUGCUGACAGGAGAGGAGGAGUGGGAGUAUAUAAAAGGAGACAAGGAUCCGCACAAGAACGUGAUGAAGGAAAAUCACCAAUACUUCACACCCCCAGAUGAAUGUAAUAAUGAAAAACCUCCAGAUAAGUGUCCCAGUUCAUCCCAAAGAAUUACAGAAGACCACAGUAUACCGCAGAAUAAUCAUAGUGAAAUCCACAACAUGACCCCAUUAUCCAAUCCAGAGGAAGUCAAAGUAGAGGAGACCUAUGAGAUGGGGGAGCAGCAGUGCGUGGAGAAAGACCUACCUACACAUGUUGCCCCAGAUGGAUCGAGUAAGAGACCCGAGAGAUGUCCCAGUCACCCUUCUACUGCUCAGCAUAGUACAGAGGAAGGUCACCGCUUAACACAGGACAAUCGGUGUGAAGAUCUUGCUGAUUUGACAAUCGAAGUUGAAUCCUCUGGGGAUGAAGACGAGAGUGAAGAUGAAAUGUCUGACUGGGAUGAGCAAGACUGUAUGGAAGAUGACAUUCAUACAGAUAGGAUCACAAGAUGGAGUGCAAAGAGAUCUGAGAUUGUGCCAGUGAUUGCGGAAGUUGUUGAACCCUGUAAAAAGAGCCCCCAGCAGUCGGUGGCGAUGGAAGAGGAGGUUCAUAGAGGCACCAAAAUAGGAUGGAGUGAAAAAAAAUCUGACAUUGUGCCGGUGAUUGUGGAAAUCGAUGAGCCCUGUGAGAAGGGCACCCAGCAUUCGGUGGUGAAGGUGGAGGCGGAAGAAGCUGGUGAUGCAGGCAGCAAAAUAGAUGGGAACAAAGGAAAGCCGCCUCUAACAUCUGUCAUCAAGCAAGAAGAAAAGAGAGAUAUGAGCCUGCCGCAGUCAUCGGAGUGGGAGAUUCACGAAGAUGGAUCCACCCAUCCUUUCAUCCCUGGAGGACAAACGGAUCACAAGAGAAUAUACGUGUUGGCGUCAAGAAAACCGGACUCUAAAAACACACAGGGGCCAGCAAACACAUUUUCAUGUCCUGUGUGUGGGAAAUGUUUCACCACUGCCUCGCACCUCGAGGCACAUCGCAAAGUGCACAGCAGCGAGGCACCGUUCUACUGUUCCGAAUGCGGGAAGAGCUUCAGCAGUUCUUCAUCUCUUGGCUUACACCUCAAAGUCCAUAAAGGAGAGAAACUAUUUGCCUGCUCCGAAUGCGGGAAGUGCUUCACCGUCAAGGCCAACCUCCUGGCGCACAAAGCAGUCCACUCGGGAGAGAAGCCGUUCGCCUGCGCCGAGUGUGGCCGGCGUUUUGCGUUGAAGUCUUCCCUGGAUACGCAUCUUCCAGUUCAUGCGCUGGAAAAGCCCUUCGUGUGCCCGGCCUGCGGGAAAUGUUUCACCACCGGCGCCCGUCUCGCCCUGCACCAGAAUACGCACACGGGAGAGAAGUCCUAUGAAUGUGAGAAUUGUGGCAAAGUCUUUACUACGAGCGGUAGUCUUAACAGGCACAAAAGAACACACACUGGGGAGAAGCCAUACGCUUGUAUGGUAUGUGGGAAGUGUUUUAACAGGGAAACCAAUCUCUAUAGGCAUCAGAUGAUCCACACGCGAUGAAGACUCUUUAUUGGCAUGUCACAUCCUAUAACUAACAUGAUUAUUGGAGAGUUCACUAACCAUAUCACUAAUAGUUUAUUGUUGUAGUGGUGAACAGCAAUUGUUUUAUUGUUCCUUGAUUGUCGGAAAACCCUGUUUAUAUAUUUUAAGAAAACUAGACGUAGUGGUAGAUUGCUGUAUACCCAGAGUCACGGGAACGCCUGCCCUACUCGCAGUAUUGUAUGCUACAGCUGGUAUUUUAUUGUCUCUUCCUGUUUCCAGUUUAUCUUUAUAAAUAAACAGGACUGAACAUUUC